ACAAGACAAUUACUCCAUGAUGACUGGAAUGUCUGAACCAGUAAGCUGCUUCAUGAAAACAAAGAGUACUCCUCUCCGUCUCUGAUUGUUGCCCAUCAUCUCCUUCCAUGCAGCAGAGGGCAUCAGCUUGCACUGCAUGAGAGAGCAGCAGUGCAGCUCAAGACCACUCCUGCAACCGAGGAUUGACAGGCAUUGUUAUGUGACCUGGGAGUAGCAGACCACAUUCUGCCUCGGUCCACUCAGCUACAGAAGAUCCUGAGUGUUCUGCUGAAAGCCAGUAAGGGGAGCUGUCAUGGAAGCAUGUGGUGAAGAGGCGGGAAGACGUGCUAAGUGUGAUGUGUCGGGAGGCACAGUGCCGCCCGAUGACACCGCUCAAUCAGUGGCUGACGGAUCCCGCGCGGCGGAUGGGCAGAGAACUGACCGGGAAGCGACUGCGGCCGUCCAGCUCCACUCAUUGGUCCCAGCCAGUGACUCGGACCAUGUGUCAGUGACUGAGUCUCGUCUGCUGCCGCCACAGCACAGUGCGGUAGCAGAGGAGCGAACGGACGCGCCGCCAGAACAGUCUCCGGAGCUACCGGCUGGUGUCACCGUCAAAUCGGAGCGAUCACCGGACGGCGGCGGCGGAGCGCCCGACCCGGAAUCGGAGGACCAGCUGACGCACGUGGAGCUGGGCACCGUGUUCCGGGACACGCUGACCGGGCUACUGGCCGAGGACCCGUUGCUGAACGACCUGCCGGCCGUACUGACGCCCGCCGAGCUGCGCUCACUGACCGCUCUGGAGCGCGGCACGGCCAUGGGGGUGCUGGUGAACCGCGGCCAGCGGCUGACGCGGGUCAUCGUGCAGCGCACCGCCACCGUGCGCGACCUGAAGAUGGCGCUGCGCAGCGCCGUCGAGCUCGAGCUGGCGCGCCGCGGCGGCCGGCGGCGGGCCAUCAGCUGGCGGUACGUGUGGCGCGCCAACUGGCUCUCGUUCGGCGGCCGGCGGCUGAAGGACGAUAACGCCCGACUGGAGAAGCUUGGUAUAGGUAACCGGGCCGAGGUCCGGUUCGUGAAGAGGAUCCGCGCCAAGCGAGGACAGCGCGACAAGAAGGGCGGCCAGGUGUGA